AAGGACGAGCCGGACAUGAACCCUUUAAUACAGUCGGUACAGAACUGAAUCUGCUGAAAGUUUACACCGCAGGACCAAAGUAAAAAAAUUAAAAAAUCAAAAUGAUUUCUCAGGUAUGUUUUCUUUUGAUGUUUCUGGCAUGUGGAUGGAUCGCCAACGCUUCAACAAACAGUCCAAUGUGCACAGAUCCCAUCCAUGAGGGCACCGGAGGAGAAAAGCAACUUAAGUUUCACUAUGACCCUGAGUUAGGAGUCUGUAGUCCCUUCUUUUACAAAGGAGAAGGUGGAAACAGCAACCGCUUUGACAGUGAUAAAGACUGUUUAAAAGCCUGCUCACAAAAAUACAAUGAGAUGUAUCCAAGUGACGAUCUGGUGUGUUCUCUACCGAUGGACCGAGGCAACUGCUACGCCAUCAUUCCUAAGUUUUAUUUUGACAAUGUGGAAAAAAUCUGCCGUAUUUUCCUGUAUGGAGGCUGUCAGGGGAACGGCAAUCGUUUUGAAAGCAAAGAGGAAUGUCAGACAAUGUGUGCAAAAUCUGGACGUCUGCUGUCUGGUGAAAAUGCUCCAAACCCAGACCAAAAAACUGUUGAUGCAGGAUUGAUUGUUGGUGUUGUUGGUGGUAUUGUGUUUGCUGCUGCAGUUAUUUCUGCUGUUGUGAUGUUUGUCCUGCAUAAGAAAAACAAAAAGAGCGAACGGAAGCCUGUGCCAACCAAUGAUAUUGAAAUAAACUAGAUGUUCACUGUGUCAACAACAUCCUGUUUGUACAUAAUGUCAUGUGUGCUUUUAUAUCCCUUUAUCAUUUAUUCCUGUUUAUGUUUUAAUAGAAACUUUGUUGGUUUAUUGAUAUAAUGUUUACUUUAUAAGUUCAGUAAAACAUGCUAAACAAACAUCUUAUGUUUAUAUAUGGAGACAUCUGAGGUUUAUCAUAAAUGUAUUGAAUCACAACAGAAGUCUGUGACUUUACAGUUCUUAAUAAAAUGAUGUAGUAAUGACAUAACAACUAUAUCAAAGCUGUUGGUGUGUGUUUUGUAUUGUAAUGAGAGAUUUUAUUAAUAAAAUAAAAACCUAAAGUGUC